GUUACUUUCAGUCUGCCAUGAAGUGAAGAGUUGAAGUGAAGAAGAAAUUGAACAAGUUGCACAACUUGUGUGAGAUAUUUCACAUAUUCACCGCAGCCGUUACCCCGGAUGGAAGGUAGUGAUUAUUCUGCUGGUAACGGAUACGGGUAUGAUGGCACUGAGAUAUACUACCCUGACCCCCAAUAUCACCAGGGUUAUGGAUAUGGGCCGCAAGGCCCCCAGCAAUAUAAUGGUAACUGGUAUUGGUCCCAGCAGGCCUAUGUACCAGCCCACUUUAAUCAGCCUGUAUUUGAUCCGUAUCAGGCACCCCCUAUGGGAUAUGAAUACCAAUAUGGUACCUACAACAAUAUGGCAGCGGUGAACCAGCCAGUAUUUGAAUACGCUGGAAAUGAUGCAAGUGGUGGUGGAAGGAAGAGUAAAUAUUCUUACUCCCAAAAUAGGAAUAGAAACAGACAGAAACAAGAGUCGAGACAGAAUGGGGACUCUUGGGACGCUCCUGAAAAAGGUCCUAUUGUCAGUAAAGAAGGUCAAGCAAAAGAUGAAAAUCAAAAUAAUAGCGCUUCAAAUGAUGUUCCAGAUAAAAUACCUGAUUCAAUUUCUGAAGUUUAUCAUUCCAGUAAUGAUAGUCAGUAUCAUGAUACAAAAGAUAAAUCUGACAGACGACAGAACAGGGGUGGACGUUUUCAAGGUACUGAUACACGGUCAAGGUAUUAUGAUAAAGAUAUGAAUGCAUUUGAAAGGCAAAAGGCAUAUAACAGGAAUUAUACAGCAGAUAGUAUUGAAGUCCAAACUGGUACAAAAACAACAGAAAAUGUGAUUGCACAGACUGGUGAUGAAGUUAAUCACAACCCUUCUCAAGGAACCAGGCCUAAAGAAAGGGCUAAUGGAAAACCUAGCGGAACUCUCAGAAGCCAAGGACAGGAUUCUUCCUAUAAGAAAGGUAGAGGAAAUGGAAGAUCUUUUGACAAACCAGAAGGAAAGUCACAGUCCAGAAGGAUUCAAGAGGGCAUUGAAAAUAAUGUAACAAAGGAAUCCAAAGAGGCAGACAAUGGGAAGGACAUUGAGAUUAUGUCAACUGAUGAUAGACAAAUUUACCAGACAGAAGGUCGUGGUGGAAGAAGAAAGAAAAAGGAAUACCAGAUCUUCACCACUAGUCCUCGAGAUUGGCAAGGAAAGAAUAACCAGUAUAGCACUCACCAGGACUCAUACGAUCGGUACAACUACCGAGGCCAGGACUACAAUAAGAGGCACAAGGAGGUGAACCUGUCCAACUUAGAGCGGGGAGGGGAUCGCAAUAAGAGGCACAAGGAGGUGAACCCGUCCAACUUAGAGCGGGGAGGGGAUCGCGCCAAGGAGGUGAACCCGUCCAACUUAGAGCGGGGAGGGGAUCGCACCAAGGAGGUGAACCCGUCCAACUUAGAGCGGGGAGGGGAUCGCACCAAGCUCUCUGAAGGCUUUGAUGUGCCUCAAGGCACAGAAAAAUCUACCGGCAAAGAGAGUUCAGAUCAGGACAGGUCCAGCAGAAAUCCAGGCAACUAUAGUGGCCAGAACAGAGGUAGCAGGCAGAAAAUCAAGGUCAAGAUUGACGAGAGUCAGAGAGGAGUCUUGAUAGAGCAGCUGACCAAGGGUACCUACGAGUGCAUGGUGUGCUGUGACACAGUGCGGGCCCAGAACGCUGUGUGGAGCUGCACCAACUGCUACCACCUGUUCCACCUGGGCUGCAUCAAGAAGUGGGCGCGGUCUCCCAACGCCAUCGUCACGGGAACGGAGAAAGAGGGCUGGAGAUGUCCUGCUUGUCAGAAUCUGUCCUUCAGUUUUCCCAAUCAAUACAAGUGCUUUUGUGGCAAGAUGAAGGAGCCUACCCCCCACCGCAUGGACACACCCCACAGCUGUGGUGACGUGUGUCAGAAAGACCGCGGGGAGGCAUGCAAGCACCCCUGCAACAUUCUGUGCCAUCCUGGUCCCUGCCCUGAAUGUACUGCCAUGGUGACCAGGUCAUGUGACUGUGGCAAAACCAAACAGACUACAAAAUGCAGCAGCACGCUGGCUAUCAAGUGUGAGCAAACUUGUGAGAGGCAGUUGAACUGUGGGAAGCACUUUUGUCAGGCCAAGUGUCACUCUGGGUCAUGUGAGAAAUGUGAAGUGGUCAUCAAUCAAGAAUGUUUUGGCAAGCAUGAGUCUAGGACAGUGUCAUGUGGAAGUGAAGAGUCCUUCACAGAGUCCUACAGCUGUCAGAAAACAUGUGACAGCUGCCUAGACUGUGGAAACCACAAGUGUGAGCGCCCCUGUCACAAUGGUAACUGCUCCAGUUGCCAGCGCCUACCAACCAACCUGACCCGGUGUCCCUGUGGGGCUGAAACCCUGGACUCACUAAGCAGUGAGCCUCGCAAAUCCUGCCUGGACCCUAUACCCACCUGUGGUUCCACCUGUAACAAGAUCCUUAAAUGUGGACCUCCAGAGAAGCCCCAUCGUUGUGAUCGAGCCUGUCAUGAGGGAGAGUGUGGUACAUGUAGCGGUUACACUACACUUUCUUGUCGAUGUUUACUCAAGGAACAGGAAUUCAAGUGCUCAGAAAUUGCUGAAAAAACUGGUGCUGAUCAUAUCUUCCUCUGUGAUAAACGCUGUAACCGCAAGAAGGCAUGUGGUCGUCACAAGUGUGGGCUGCCUUGCUGUGUGAAAGAGGAGCAUCCUUGUGACCUGCUGUGCAACAAGAAGCUCAGCUGUGGUCUCCACAGAUGUACGGAGCCAUGUCAUAAGACAAACUGUCCACCAUGCCUUAUGGCUAGUUUUGAUGAGCUCACAUGCUAUUGUGGUGUGGAGGUCAUGUACCCGCCCAUCCCAUGCGGCACCAAACCCCCGGAAUGUAUCCGACCAUGCACACGCCAACACGGUUGUGAUCACGAAGUGAGACACAUCUGUCACAGUGAGGAGGUGUGUCCGCCAUGUACAGAGCUCACCAAGAAGAUGUGUAUGGGCAACCAUGUGAUGCUUACCAACAUUGCCUGCCACCUGACAGACUUAUCCUGUGGUAUGAACUGCAACAAACCCCUGCCCUGCGGUAACCACACUUGUAACAGAAUCUGUCAUAAGGGGCCCUGUGUAGAGGAAGGCCAGACCUGCACCCAGCCGUGUAAGAGGAAGAGAGACUCCUGUGAACACCCCUGUGCUGCCCCAUGCCAUGGGGAGCAACCCUGCCCUAACUCACCCUGCAAGGCCAAGGUCCUGGUGAAGUGUGCCUGUGGUCACAGGGAGACUAUGACGGCCUGCUUUAACCCAGACUCAUCAGACUUCCAAAGGAUGACCAUGCAGUCGUUGAAGGACUCCAUUCAAGGCAUAAUGGGAGCCUCUUCCUCUGUGAACAUAGGAAAAUAUAACCAGUCCAAGAUGGGACUCACAAGAUACCUAGACUGUAAUGAGGAAUGCAGUUUGGUGGAACGUAAUCGUCGUAUAGCCCUGGCCUUAGAAAUCCAGAACCCUGACUUGUCAUCCAAACUGGGCAACCCGUCUUACAGUGAUUACCUCAAGGAGUUUGCAAGGAAGGAUGCCACAUUUGUUGCCAGUGUUGAAAAGGCCUUAAGUGAGCUAGUACAAUCAGCACACAAGUCGAAGCAGCCUUCUCGCAGCCAUUCCUUCCCCAGUAUGAACAUGAACCAGCGCAGGCUAGUGCACGAGCUGGCUGAAUUCUACGGAUGUACAACACAGAGCUAUGACUACGAACCAAAGAAGAAUGUUGUGGCAACCGCUAAUAAGGACCGUUGCUGGUUGCCGUCUAUCACCCUGACAGCCCUGGUACAGAGAGAGCUCCACCCCUGGGCCCCACCUCCCAUACCUCACGUACACAAGGAGGAGGCACUCAGAAUCAACAACAUGGCUGCAAAGCAGUCUACCCUGUUGCCAGGGGAACGAGACACAGCCUCCAAACUACCGGAAGGCUGGCAAGUCAUUGGAAAGAAGACCAAGAAAAUCUCCACAGCUUCCACUGCCAAGUCUGGCAUUGGAACUAUUGAUAAGUUUGAGUCCAAUCUGGCGGACAUCUGCUCUACUGGGACAAUUGAUUACGCUUUGCUAAGUAACGCGAGUAAAGAAGCCCUGAAGUCAGAACCUGUGGUUGAUUAUUUUGACUUCACGGUGAAUUGAAAGCUUCAUCAUGACUGCCUAUUGGUUAUUAUGUAUGGAAAGUGGAGCAUCAAUGAGCUGUAUCUGCCUUAGCUUCUUUAAAAGAUACCCUACAGUCAUGCCCUUCUUUCAAAAUAUGCUGGACAAUACAGCAUUUUGUAUAAUGUGAAUGGGAAGUUAAAAAUAUACAUCCGAGUGUGGUUGUGGUUUUUAAAAUUAAACUUUUGUGUCAUUUUCAUAUAAGUUGUGGAACCUUAGCAUUCAUGUUCCGCAUUGAUUGUAAUAUUUAGGGGUCUUGAAUUUAUAAUUAUCUGAUGUAGUUUAAAGUUAAGUAACUAAAAAUGUUAAUAAUUUCAUGCUGGAUAGCCAAAGCGCACAGAUUUAAGUACACAUAUAAACAUCUAUAAAGCUUAUUUGAAAAUAAAAAUGGCAGUAAAUUACUGACAUUUUCAUCCAUUUUUGAUGAAACAAGCUUAGAAUGUUUACCUUGAACAUUUAAAAGAUGAGAUUGAAGCUGGGGCAUGUGUGUCUGAAAACAAGGUCACAAUCUUGAAUAGUAGGAAAACCUAGUAGAGACCAAAAGUGUAAAUCUUGUUGAAACUUGGUCAGAAUGUAAAUCUUGACACUAUAUAGGCCAAGUUGUAAUCUGGGCUGUGGCAUUCAAAAAGUAGGUCACCAGGUCAAAUUUUACUCAAGAGGCCACAUUUAUGACUCAAUAUUUAUGAAACUCUGUUCAAAUGUUUAUCAUGACAAGCUAGGCUUAUUUCAAAGUUGGGUCACUUGUAUCCAAAAACUAAGUAACCAGUCAAAUCUUAGAAAAGCAUUGUUAUUACUGUUAACUCCAAAUUUAAGACUCAAUUUUGAUGAAAAUUGUUCAGAAUGUUUAUCUUGACAAUAUCCUGACUGAGUUCAAAUCUUGAUCACAUGCUACCAAAAACUAGUUCCACUCUUAGAUAAAUCAAUCAAUCUUGAUGGAUUUUUUAUCUAUAUCUAGGACGAGUUCCAAUCAGGGUCGUUUGCUUCCUAAAACAAGGUUAUGAGGUCAAAUCUUAUGAGAACCUUGCUAUCAAUGACAAUUGGUAAUUAUGUUUGCUCCGACAAUAUCAAUGCUGGGUCAAAUGCAUCCAAAACAAGGUCACCAGAUCAAAUCUUAGAAAAAUCUUGUAACCAUAGUAGAAGCAACAUUUAUAUUCAAACAUGAAGAAACUUGCCCAGAAUGUUAAUCAUCGCAAUAUCUAGGCUGAUUUAGAAUCUGGAUCAUUUUCUUCUUCUUAUAGCAAAUGUUAUUGAAUAUUUUUCAUUAUAGAACUGCAAUAUUUGGAAUAGUUUUACAUGAUUGCAAAAUAAAAGUAAAAAAGAUAAACUAAAAAGAUGUGCUUUCCUUGGGUUCAAUCCUGGUCUUUAGAAGCAAAACCUAAUAUGUAAGCUGUACAGCACGUUGUCUCUACAAUAAGGUUGUUGUUUUAAUGAUUUGCUGGUAAUACACCUUGUAAAAUUAUCAAUAAAAACAUUGUUACAGGUAAAUAUUUUGAUCAUUUUUAUUUAUCAGAAUUAAGUUUAAUCAUUUGAAUAUAAUUCAAACAUUGUUUGUUUAAUUGAUUUGAAACUGUGAACAAGUCCUAUCGAAACAUCUCUUUCUCUUAAACGGCCCACAGGUUAGGUAUUCGGAAUGUUAUGUAUCUUAUGAUGGUCUUGUACCAAAUUUGUUUAAAUCAUGUUUCAGGGGUCAAAACGGCCCUGCCACUUGGAUUUUGUUUCAUUUUUAUGUAUAAAGUAAACGUUAAUUGUUCUUUUUGAGCUGAAAAGUUUUAAUGUGAGUAAAAAGUUGCGUUUUUCUUUCACACAGGUUCUAGUAAGAUAAUGCUUGUGUUGUUAAUUUUGAAUCGUCAGGUUUUACAGAUUUAAAUCCAUAUCAUAUGGAUCGAAUCUUGGUAUAAUGUUUGUUGGUUUUGUUGAGCUUUUAAUUGAAAAUAUGAAUACAGUAAUGAAAACAUUUGUACUUGUAUAACAUUGCAUGAUUUUUAUUAAUCUAUUUGCUUUGUUUUUUAUAAACUUAUAUUUAAUACAAAUUGUUGUUGAUGAGUCCCCAAUCGAAAUCAAACCUGUCCCCAGCAUACAAGCUUCUAUGGUUCAUACAGAUCCUUGGAAAGAAAUAAAUCUAAGAGAGAAAAAGUGAAAAGUGCUUAUUUGGAGAAAAGUUAAAUGGAUGAUUAUUUACACAAUUUCCUUGUAAAAUCAUUCUGAGUACCUUGAAUUGAAGGCUGCUUAUUGAAAUACAAAUUACCAUUAUUGUAAGAAAAUUGCUGACAUGAUUGAAGAGGAGUACACAUUAUUACUGGUGAACCAUCUCAAGAAAUUCUUAUAAUAGUCUUGAAUUAAAAAAAAUAUAUUUGCAUUAUAAUUGUCCUAUUUUGUGUUUGUGUCAGAAUCAAUGCUCACAUUUAUUAAAUUCGUCUUGGGAAUUGGAAUAUUUUAUUGUGGAAACGGUUAUUUGAAUUUGUAGCUUGAUUUUUUAUAGUUGAUUACGUGUAUAGAUAUGGCUGCCUUUUUUGUUGCAGUACCAGCUGAUAUUUUGUAGGUUAUCAUAUGAUUUGAGUUGUUGUUCCUGUUCAAAUGGUGUUUGUUGCCAUGUAUAUGUUAAUUAAUACAGAAACAAUGUAUAUUAGAGCUGGUUACGUAGACUAAAAAUUGUAUGGAGGAAAAUACAUUGAUAAUCAAUUAUUUUUCAAUUGGCCACCAAUACAUUUGCAACUGAGCAGAAAGUUGUAAAUAAAAUCUGGUUAUAAUUAAAAGCAUGAAGUUAUCUAUUGACACUUGAAUGUGUUUUAUUUUAUUUCUAUUAUUAAUAGAAUGAAUCA